CUUCGCAAAUACGGAAGUACAAACCGCGACGUUUUGAAACUGCUCAACGUUUGACAAUUUUCAAAUUACUGCAGUGUUCAGCGAAAUCCGCUUUAAAUCAGUUGUAUUUCUCGUUGGACUGUAUAAAACGUAUUUAACAUGCAUUGUACAAAUCGAGUGAAAUUAAUCAUUUGAAAAGUGAGAUUAACCAGCGUGCUAACUAACUAGCCAGUUGUCUAGGAAACGGAAACGCGCAAAAUAAAAACGCAGGAUGUGACUCACUAGCAAACAAUUUCAACUUUAGAAAAUAUAUCUUGGCAACCAUGCUGCGGUUUGUCAGAGAUAAAGACGGCCACCCUUCAGACGUUUAUUCUGAUGAUGAAGAUAAUGCCGCAUUAGCAGGAAGAAGAAACAUGUCGGAGGAAACAAAUGCAGCUUCACGUGAAAGCAGCGAGAUCCGCAGCUCAACGCCUGGGCGGCUACCCUUACGCCAGCGCUACUGGAAAGACACACACCUGUGGCCCGCUCGAAUAGUCUCUGUGCUAUGUAGCGUAGUCAUCGUCUCAUUUAUCGCUGUGCUAAUCUCCUUUUUGUACAUCGUAUUAAAAGAUCUAAGGGCAGAGAGGAUAACCACUGAAGAUGGAUCAGAAGUGAGACUCCUGGGUUUUUGGAGUAUUUUGGUGUUGUCUUCUGUGGCAGGAGUUCUUUGUUGCAGCUUCUCCUGGACCCUAACAUACUUUGACUCCUUUGAGCCAGGAAUGUUUCCCCCAACUCCUCUUGCUUCAGCCAGACUCAAAAGAAUGACCGGACACUCUUUCCACAUGGGCUACAGUAUGGCUAUACUCAACGGCAUAGUGGCUGCGCUCACUCUUAUAUGGUAUCUCACCUGAUGCAUCUCAACUGCUGCCCAACUGUGGACAUCUCGGCUGCCAUUUAACUUGCAAUUACCAGGAGGCAAUUCCAAGUUUAAAUAGUUCACCCCAAAAUGAAAACUUGCUGCAAAUUUACUCACCCUCAGGUCAUCCAAGAUGAAGAUGAGUUUGCUUCUUCAUCGGAGCAGAUUUGGAGAAACUUGCUCACCAAUGGAUCCUUUGCUGUGAAUAAGUGCCAUCAUUUGUGGGUGAACUAUUGCUUUAAUGGCAGAUGGAGCUGUCAAAUAAUGUUACUAAUAUAACUACGGAUAAAACCUUUUUUUAAAAAAAAAAGCACAAAAACAAACACAAAGAAUGCAAUACUUGUUUAAAAACUUGUUCAGACACUGAAUAACAAGUAAAACAAUAAAGUACAAUGUUUUAUUUUUUA